AUGGAGUGAGAGCUACAACUUUAAUAUUUGUAGUAAUGCCGAAAUGUAACGUUUUAUUUAAUUUUCCGUUCUACAGCCGCGUCUAAAUAUCGUAUUUUGCGUGUAUAAAUUGUGAAUACCCAGUCAAGGAUAUCAUUUCGAUGGGCUUAGUGUUAAUAAAGUAUUGCUCGAAAUUGCAGCUUGCUCUGUGAGCUGAUCGAAAUCGUCAGGAUUGAAAGCUUGAAACCAAAAUCUGCUUUUGGUCUUCCCUCAUUUGGGGAUAUUUUGGGCUGUAUUUUCCCGAAUGUGGCCAGAGAUCGGAUCUUUUCGACGCCUCGAAGGAGCUCGUAUAGCGGUCGUUAUGGUUUGUUUUCGGAUGAGGGAUGUGACCCGCGAGGAUUUGGCGAUGUGGGAUGAAGCGGAAUAAAGAAAAGUGAUCCGUUCACACCGAAGGAAAGCGGGUGCUAUUUGCAUUUGGGUUAAACAUUGAAUACGCUCUGGAUAUACAAUUGGAUUUUACUGGAAUACGUGUACAGUAUCGCAUAAGAUCGCUUUGUCACGCUGGCUUAUUUUCCUGAGGAAUAGUGGUGUAUUCCUUCCCAACCCCCCAGCACCACAAACCCUAAACAAAAGUACUCUAUGUCACGUAUAUGACGGUUCUUGUCAUGAAGGAAAUAAAUAAAAAUUGUUAGGGUCGAAGAGAAUGUCAUCAGAGGAGAAAAGUCUGGACCCCUCUGACAAAGGACCCUCUCCACCUCCUUGCAGCUCUGGGGCCACUCCCACUAGAAGUCCAACCCCCACAGAUAAGCGGCCUAGAGGCCGCCCUCGUAAGGACGCCUUAUCCACAGCAACAUCACUUCCUUCUGUGCCCAGACAGAGAAAAAAGAAUCGGGGGCGAGGAAAAGCUCUGGUGGAGGAUGAAGACAGCACAGAUGGAAUGGAGACAGCAGAAACAGGAAGCACACAGGAGACAGUUGCUAAAGGGCAGCAGGAGGAGAUGGAGGAUGCCUCUGCCAUGGCAGUUUCAGCAGAGGUCGAGGAAGAGGAGCAGUCGUCAUCCCCUCUUCCUGCGAGCUCUAAGACGGGGGCGGCACAAACAUCAUCAGCCUCUGGAGAAGCUAAAAGCAGCGAACAGCUCUGUGCCUUCUGUUACUGUGGUGGCCGAAGUCUGUUGGGCCAGGGAGAUUUGAAGCCAUUCAGGGUCACGCCCGGGUAUGACCCUCCACCCCGACAGUCCUCGACAGAGGAGGUCCACGACCAUAGCGACAAGACUGAGGCUGCCAGCCAAUCAGGGAAGCAAAGGGGCCUAGAGAGUGUUGGGGCAGAGGAAGCAGGAAGCAGGUUUUGGGAUGAGCUCCGCUACGUUGGUCUACCAGAUGACAUUGAUGUCCAAACAUUCUUUGAGUCGGGUCAGUGUUGGGCCCAUCAAAGCUGUGCAUUAUGGUCAAAUUUUGUGUGUCAAGCGGAGGAUCAAUCACUGCUAUACGUGGACAAAGCCAUCCACUCAGGGAGCACAGAGCAUUGUGCAUAUUGUAAGCGCCUUGGAGCAUCCAUCAAGUGCUGUGAGGAGGGGUGUGAUCGCUCUUACCAUUACCCCUGUGUGGGGGCUGCCGGCACCUUUCAGGAUUUCAGGAGGCGUUCUGUCCUGUGCACAGAACACAUUGAGCUGGCCAUCAGCAAAUAUGAAGAGGAGGCGAACUGUAUAUUGUGCGAUAGCCCCGGGGAUCUCCUAGACCAGUUUUUUUGCACCAGCUGUGGGUUGCACUAUCAUGGCAUGUGUCUGGACAUCAGCGUAACUCCUCUAAAGAGGGCAGGCUGGCAGUGCCCUGAGUGUAAAGUCUGUCAGACAUGCAAGGAGCCUGGAGAAGACACUAAAAUGCUAGUGUGUGAUGUAUGCGACAAAGGCUACCACACUUUCUGCUUGCAGCCAGCUAUGGAUUCUAUCCCCACCAAUGGCUGGAGGUGUAAGAACUGUCGGAUGUGUGUUCAAUGUGGCACACGGAGCAGUGAACAGUGGCACCACAAUAGCCUACUGUGCCAAAAGUGUGGCGAUCAACAGGACACCACCCACUCCUGCUUAUGCCCUAGCAAUGUAGUUCCCGAAGUCCAAAAAGACCUGCUUUCAUGCUAUCAAUGCAAAAGGUGGUUCCACCCAGAGUGUGAACGACCAAGUGAAGGUCACACACAUCCCCAGCCCAAAGAAGAUCACAUAUGUUCCACCUGUAGAACCAUUGGCAUUGCAUCGGGUCCUAUGUGCACGGAAGCAGAUGGAGUUCAGGCGGAGAUUCAAUCAGAUGUGGGCGCUGAAGAAGCAACACAACUAGUUCCAUCAAAUAAUGAUUCUGAGCCUGCCAAAGUUCAAGAUAUAGAACCUUAUCAGCCUGUUCGAGAGAUGCAGAAUGAAGAAAAGCAAACGGAUGAGAAACAAAUGAUGGAAAUUGGUGCAGAUUCUGGUGGUCAUUUAACCAAGCCAGAGUCCAGUAAACCCUCACACCACAGCGCAGAAAAUGAAAUGACUUCAGAUGCAUCUCCUCUGGAGACAAAAGGUCUUGAAGAUGAACAGACCGAACAGAAACUUGAUCUUGCUCCAGAGGCGUCGACGGUCCAGCAGCUUGAGACAUACUUUAAAACAGAGGAGCCUCCAGAGAUGUCAGCUUCACUAAAGGAAAACAUCUCCAAAAAUGAAAAUGGCAGUAAACCUUGCCUAGAGGAGCAGAAAAUCAACCUAUCACCCACCAAAGAACCAGCUCCAGCCUGCACUUCCCAUGAGGGAGAGCCUAUGGAGGUUUUAUUCACAGAGGAACCUUCUGCAGAGGCACAUGGAGUAACCGUAGAGCCUGAGGUUAGUACUGCUGAAAAUACACCAUUGAUUCAGAGCCAGAGGAAGAUAGUACAGGAGCAAAUGAUUCCUCCUGAGAUCCACACUAAGGAAAUGGAUGAUAUCACUGUUGAUGGUGAUCACCGAUGUUUGGCCAAGCUGACUUCACUGGUGGAGGAGAGGACAUCUUUACAGCAGCCUCCACGCAGGCAACCUGAGGGGUUGUUAUUAGGUGUCCAGGGGACAUCCCAGCCUCAGGCUCUGACCCAAAAUGUCUCAAGAGAAUCCUUCAGCAAUGUGCCUUCAUCUGCCUUCAUACCAAUCACUCCUAAAAUCGGCAUGGGAAAGCCAGCCAUCUCUAAGAGGAAGUUUUCCCCUGGUAGACCCAGAGUCAAGCAGGGAGCAUGGAGCCGCAGACCGAGCUCCCCUUCAUGGUCCCUUGACCCGACUGAGGGCUGGGACGGUCUAAAGAGCAGGCAGCCCCACAGCACGGCCGCCUGGAUAAUCCGUGUGCAGGGCAGAGGAUCGGGCUUCCCUGGCAGAAGGAGGCCCAGGGGUUCGGGUGUCACAGGCCGGGGCGGACGUGGCCGUGCCAGAAUGAAAAAUGGAGUCCCUCCAAUCCCAACACCAGGAGUAAACAUCAUGGAGCCUAUGUUAACGUUUAAGGAAGAGGAGGAAACCGCCAUGCACAGUACAGUGGUGAUCUUUUCUAGUGCGGACACGUUUACACUGAAACAGGAUAUGUGUGUGGUGUGUGGCAGUUUUGGACAGGGCGUGGAGGGUCGACUUAUUGCCUGUGCUCAGUGUGGACAGUGUUACCACCCCUACUGUGUGAACAUUAAGAUCACUAAGGUGGUGCUGAGUAAAGGCUGGAGAUGUUUGGAGUGUACCGUGUGUGAGGCGUGUGGUCAGGCCAGCGACCCGGGACGUCUGCUGCUCUGUGAUGAUUGUGACAUCAGCUACCACACCUACUGCUUAGACCCGCCAUUGCAGAAUGUGCCCAAUGGGAGCUGGAAAUGCAAAUGGUGCGUGUCCUGCACUCAGUGCGGUGCCACUUCUGCGGGUCUGAGGUGUGAGUGGCAGAAUAAUUACACUCAGUGUGCCCCUUGCGCUAGCCUGGCAUCAUGCCCACUGUGCCAGCAGGAAUACAAGGAGGAGGAGAUCAUCCUGCAGUGCCGCCAGUGUGACAGGUGGAUGCAUGCCUCGUGCCAGGGAAUUCAUUCAGAGGAGGAGGUGGAGAAGGUUGCAGAUACCAGCUUUGACUGCAACCUGUGCCAAGGCCAUAUUCCCCUCUCUCCUGCGCCUGGAACACCAUCCAAAUCUAGUUUGGAUUUUGCAGAGUCUGUUUUCAUACCACAGAGAGUUACAAAAACAAGAGAUCAUGACCUGAUGAGGACUUACACCCAGGACGGUGUUUGUCUAACAGAGUCUGGUCUGUCGCAGCUUCAGAGUCUUGCCAACGCAGCCUCUCGCCGGAGGCGCUCCAAACCUAAACUCAAGCUGAAGAUUAUAAACCAGAACAGUGUGGCUGUGCUGCAGACACCUCCAGACCCUCAGACUGAACUCUCCAGAGAUGGAGACCUUGAGGACACCAAAACAGAAGGGGAGAUGGUGGAUGGCGAAGUCAAGUCAGAUUCCAGUCCUGAAAGAGAACCCACAGCAGAAGAUGAUUCUAAAGACACAGAUGCCUGUAAAAAGAGGAAAAGGAAACCUUACCGCCCUGGUAUCGGAGGUUUCAUGGUCAGACAGAGAAACCGGACAGGCCCCGGCAGAACCAAGCCAGCCUUUGUCAGGAAGGACUCCACAGGCUCUGAAACGCUGCAAGGCAAAGAUGAGGGCUGGGGCGACCAGGCACCUGACACUCCAGUUGAUGAAAAGCAUCCUUUGUCUGAUUUUCCUGACAAUCCCGAGGUUAAAAUACGGAAACGCUAUCGGAAAAAGAAGACCAAACUGGAGGAGGCAUUCCCUACUUACCUACAGGAGGCAUUUUUUGGGAAAGACCUGCUGGACAAGAGCAAACAGAACAGACAGCAAACCACACGGCUGUUAGAGGACGAGCGAGAAAGAAAACAGCUUCCAGCCAAUCAGAUGAAGCCUUUUUCAGACUUGUCGCUCAAUGUGUCAGCUGCCAUUCUGUCCAGUAAAGCAGCAGCAGCACAAAACUCUGUGGAGCCUCUAGUGGACCUGUCCGAAGAGCUGAAAUCAGACACAGAACUGCUGGGAAUGUUUUCUGAUAACAUUGACAAGCAAACAGAAGAGUCCGGUGUUGAUUUUUGCCCUUUCCAAGUUGAGUACUCUACUUCACCUUUUGGACUGGACAUUGCUCCUUUAGCAGAAGAUGAAUCUGUCUCAUCUCAAGCUCAUCUGGGCCGAACUCACUCACGUAUGGUACCCGAGGAGCCACUGGAUGGCAUCCUGAGCCCUGAACUGGACAAGAUGGUCACUGAUGAAUCAAUACUCAGCAGACUCUACAAAAUACCUGAGCUUGGUGGGAAGGAUGUAGAAGAUCUCUUCACAGCUGUCCUGAGCCCCAGUACUAGCCAACCUGCUCACAUGAUUCAACAGAUCCAUGGAGCUCAAGCCUUACAUGGUACCUCAGGCCCUGGUUUCCAUCCCUCUCAGGCCAACUCAGCAUUGUCUUCACGAGUGCCAGUGAUGAAUGGUUUGAUGGAAUCCAAACAGCAGUUUUCACAGUCUCGCAUAGGUCCUGGAGCAGGACCAGAAAUGGCUCAAAAUAUCCCCCCAAUGCAACGCAUGCCUUUCUCAGACAAUCUUAGGGACAGGAAGUUCAAUCUGAUAUCGCAGGAGACUGCUGGACCAUGGUCUGCUACAGGGUCAGCUUCUUCCUCUGCUCCAGCUGCUGUUUCGGAGGUGGAUGGAGACUCCAUGUCUACCGCACAGAAAAGCACUUUGAAGUGGGAGAAAGAGGAAACACUUGGGGAACUUGCCACUGUUGCACCAGUUCUGUACACUAAUGUCAAUUUUCCAAACCUCAAAGAAGAAUACCCAGACUGGUCAACACGAGUAAAACAAAUUGCAAAACUAUGGAGAAAAGCAAGUUCACAGGACCGGGCUCCAUAUGUGCAAAAGGCCAGAGAUAACAGGGCAGCCCUACGCAUUAACAAAGUCCAAAUAUCCAAUGAGCCUAUUAAGCGACAACCACCCCAGCCUCAGCAGCCUUUAGAAGUGUUUGAUCCUGCUAUUCCACCACUGGACCCGGAAUUAUUGUUCAAAGAUCCAUUGAAGCACAAGGAGUCAGAGCAUGAACAAGAAUGGAAGUUUAGACAAGGCAGAAAAGAGUUUGAAAUAUUUGACAGAAUACGUCAAAUGAGACAGAAAAGUAAGCAGCAAGCAAAAAUUGAAGCUACACAGAAACUUGAGCAGGUGAAGAAUGAACAACGGCAACAGCAACAAGUCCCAGGAAGCCAAUCUGAUCAUGACUCUUCUGGUAACCUGAAGAGUCCUGGCUCUGUUCAUUCUAACAGUGGAGACAUGUCUCCUAACCAGCCCAGUUCAAAGAAUGGGGUUUCAAAGUCACAGCUGCUUGGUACAUCAUGCUCCCCUGAUGACCUAUUUUUGCGGCCACAUCCUCCACCACAAUCUUCUGGAUCUCAGCCACAAUCCCCUCAGAUGUUUUCCCCAAACUCCUCUGGCUCUAGGCCAUCCUCACCCUGGGAUCCUUAUACAAAAAUGGUAGGGACACCCAGACCACCACCCAGUUCACAGGGAACUCCUCGUCGUAACUCAGAAUCAGGGAAAUCUCCCAAGGGUCUUUCAGAGCCAAUCGGUUCUCCAACAGCCAUAUAUAAUGACCCCUAUGCCAAGCCGCCAGACACCCCAAGGCCAGCAGGAACUACAGACCCAUUUCUCAAACCUAUGUGCCCUCCCAGACCAAGUCAGACUUUGGAUGGAAGACAUGUUAUUGGCUCCCCAAAUCAUGAUUCAUUCUCAAGGAUGUCUGUGAGAAAGGAAGCCUACCAGAGGAUUCCUCAGGGCAGGAUGAUACUCUCUGAUCCUUAUGCUCGUCCUUUACUUACUCCUAUCCCAGGCAGCAAUGAAUCAGGGUCUGUCCAGGUUUUUAAAACCCCUAUGCCACCCCCUCAGGCUCAGGAACAAUAUGUAGGAAUGCAUGCACGAAGAGCAAGUGCAGAUGCCUUUGAAAGACCAAUUAUGUCCUCUCGUUCCAAUGAGGGAUUUUCCCACAGUCAGCAAAAUGACCCUUAUGCACAGCCUCCACUCACUCCACGUCCUGUGGUAAGUGACGGCUUUGCAAAUCAAAGGAUUUCACGACAGCCUCAGAGUCUCCCAUUUUCUCAGCCUGGGCCAAUGACACGACAACCAUCAUGUAACCCCUAUUCUCGAGCACCUUCUACCCCUCGGCCAGACUACUCUCAGUGUGAUCCAUAUGUACAACAACCUGCUACUCCAAGACCUUCAAGUGACCCUUUUGCCCAGUCUCCAUUUUCUAAUCCAUAUGCUAGAAUGCCAGGCACACCUAGACCACAUGAUCCUGAACCCUAUUCUCAGCAAACUACAUCUCGGCAUCCAGUCUUGAUGAAUCAACCCUCUCAGCAGUCUCAGCAGCAGACUCAUAACCGUAUAAUGUCCCCUAUAUCAAUGGACCCUUACACACAACACCCUAGCACCCCACGAUCAGGAAUAGUAGACCCAUUUCCUAAGUCUCCAAGUAACCAAAGGACCCCUGAUCCUUUUAAUCAACCUCCUGGGCUGCCACGCUGUGUGGGGGCUGAUCCUCAUACACCGUCAAUAGGAAGGUCUCAGUUAUUUCGAAAUGAUUCAUGUUCACAUCUCCCACGAACACCUCAUCAUGGAGUUGUAGGACAGGCAUUGGUAUCUGGGCCUUUGUCCAGUCAGGAUCCAUUCUCUCCUCCACAAGUUUUGAUGCAAGAAUCUUUUUCCAGUCCAACAAAACAUGGACCUCAGACCCUUAAACAUCUAGGCAUGACAGAUGAUUCAGGAUCUCAGCCAUUAUCAAAUCGACCUAAUCAGACUCCCAUUCAUGACAGAUUUGAGCAGACCACUAUGCUUGGUCAGUGUGGAGAAAAUAAAGACCAACAAAGUUUGGUACAAAGUAUCAGUUCCCAUAUCAUGGGGCAACCUGCCAGUGAAACACAAACCAUACCUCUUGCCGAAGCUGAGGAAAGACUGAGACAGCGUCAACGUAUUCGAGAGCUGAUUCUUAAGCAGCAACAGCAGAAAAGUGCCAUACGGCAAGACAAGGUUGUGCAGGAUCAUACUCUAACCAUGUCUCCAGCAACCCCUCAACACUGGAAUCUAGAGUCUACGGGCCAGCAAAGUGAAAUGUUUAAUCACCCACCACCACCAUAUCCUGGCCCAGGAGCUGUAAGAGCACCUCAGAGAUUCUAUGUUACAUGCCCCAGAGAUAGACAAGGGCAGUUCCCUGAAGGCCAGUUACCCAGACCACAGUUUACUGUGGAUGCUGACUCAAAUACACGGCAGCUUGGAACUAGGAUGCCUUUGACUCCUGGCAUCCAAGGUCCAUUAGGAGCUAUAAGACCUCAUCUAAUGCAGGACUCAAUUGAAGCUCAUCCACAAAUGAGAAGAUCCAUGUCUAUGGAUCUAGGAAAGUCAAUAGGAGGCAGCCCUUUAGGAACCCCACAUAUGCCUCCCCGUGGUAUGCAUGUUCAACAGCAUAACAUCAUGGGACAGCCUUUUAUUGAACUGAGACACAGAACACCAGAUAGCAGACUCCGUCUUUCCUUUGGACCACCUGUUAUGCAGGGUAAUCGAAUGGAAUCACCCUCACAGCAACGAGCUCCAGGUUUCUUGAGUGGCCAAGAAAUGGUAUUUCCCUUCAAUCAGAUUCCAAAGUCAGUGGACACAACAUUAAACCAGCCUCAGGUAGCUGUUACACAGAUGCAGACAUCUCUGAGCUUAGGGAAUUUACAACAGCCCAAUAUUUCACUGAGAGCUGGACAUCCACAAAUCCCCUUGACAAGAUCUAUAAGCCAACCUGCUUCCAAUGAGACUCUCAGUUCUCCCUUACACACAGAUAUUGCUGCUGUUUCAGCUGUACAAAAUGAUGAGGUCCCAUUACCUACAAAUGAAGUACCUGAGGAGAAAAUCGAUACCGUUGAAUCUGCUGUGAAAGAACUUGAAGAUGUUGAAGUGAAGGACCUUGUUGAUGCUGACUUAGAGAACCUAAAUCUUGACCCAGAUGAUGGAAAGGACUUGGAUCUUGAAACAAAUGACUUGCAUCUUGAUGACUUCUUAAAAUCUGGCAAAUUUGAUAUUAUUGCCUAUACAGAUGCUGAUUUAGAUCUUAGUGAGGACCUGGAUCUCAGUGAUACUAUGGAAGACAACACUGAGAUGUCUGAGAUAAAAGCUGAGAAAAAGCCUGAAAGUUUUGAUACCACAUCCUCAUCAUCCUGUUCUACAUCGGCAGUGACAGAACCAGUAGACAAAACUACUCAGUCUCAAGGUGACACCAACCAAGAAAUUCCUCAGGAUCAGGUGUUGGUUUCCUUGAAACAAGAGGACGAUAACAAAAAUGGAAUUAAAGAUUGCUUGUCCCAAGGCUCUUCUUGUAGCAAUCAGAUAAGUGAUAACGCUGCCGAUAAUCAGGCUAGCUUUGAAAGUGAUGUUGAUUCCAGUUUACAAGUUCAUCCCGAUGCUACUCCAAUGCUUUCAGGCAUGCUGGUCAGUGUACCACCAAAAGGUAAAGAACUGAAGCAAGAACAAUGUGGAAAGUCAACAGAACAAAACAACCUUUCAAAUCAGGAAAGUACAAUGUCUCUCAGUAACACUAUGCUGGGGCAAGGAAACUUCUCAGUUCAGGGAAUUGAUACUGGCCUCAAUAUUGACCAGUCACUGGUGUCUUCUCAUGAUGAAAGUGCAUUAGAAGUCUCAAGCUCUGUUCAGGAACCGCAACAAAGCCAUAUUUUUGGUAUUGAUCAAAAGGAUGCUGUACUCUCAGGGGAACAAAACAGUAUUCUUACUCAACAGGCAGUCCUAUCACAGCAAGGCCAUCAAAACAGACCACUGCUUCUGGAGGAGCAACCACUCCUUCUUCAAGACCUCCUGGAUCAGGAGAGACAAGAGCAGCAGCAGCAGAAGCAAAUGCAAGCUAUGAUAAGACAGCGUUCCAGCGACUCAUUUUUCCCCAACAUAGAUUUUGAUGCUAUCACUGAUCCCAUAAUGAAGGCAAAGAUGGUUGCACUGAAAGGAAUAAAUAAAAUGAUGGUUCAGAACAACAUGGGAAUGUCUCCAAUGGUUGUUAACAAUGCUCAGACAGGACAGGCUCUACCAGAUACUGAUGGAAAUAUAACUCCAGUGCAGUUGCCUGGACAGGAUAGCAAACUUGGUCCUCACAUAGCACGACCCGAUCCCCCGAAUUUUGGAACAGGAUUUGCCCAUGACACACAAAAGACUCAGUAUGAGGAUUGGCUUAGAGAAACCCAGCAGCUCCUUCAGAUGCAGCAAAAGUUUUUGGAGGAACAGAUUGGGGCCCACCGAAAGUCAAAAAAGGCUUUGUCAGCGAAGCAGAGGACGGCCAAGAAAGCAGGACGGGAGUUUCCUGAAGAGGAUGCAGAACAGCUGAAGCAUGUGACUGAACAGCAGGGAGUGGUGCAGAAACAGCUGGAACAGAUUCGAAAACAGCAGAAGGAACAUGCAGAGCUAAUAGAAGAGUACAGGGUUAAACAGCAGCAACAGGGUGCAAUACAGCCCCCGAUUAUGCCUGGAAUGCAGCCUCCUGGUGGCAUGAUGCAAGUUGGGCCCCCCAUAAACCAAUCUAUAAUGGGUCCCAUGAUGCCCAUUCGCCUUCACUCCAGUCAACCAGAUGUCACUAAAAUGCCUAACACAGCAGGCUGGCACCCUGGUACACCUGUUCCUACUGGAGGACCUCGAAUGCCAGGAGUAAUGCCUGCUCAAGUGGUGCAAGCACAGUCUCUGCAGCCAGCAGCGGCUAUGCCCACUCAGGGGCAAGCAGGUGGUGAGUCUCCUCAUGUGAACUUUGAUGAUACCAACCCAUUUAGCGAAGGCUUUCAGGAGCGAGAACGCAAGGAGAGAUUACGAGAACAGCAGGAGCGGCAAAGAAUGCAGAUCAUAAAGGAGGUGGAGAGGCAGCAUGUGAAACACUGCGUAGAACAACAAGUCUCUAACUGCCAAGAUGGUACCAUAAGGGGUCUGUCCCAGAUGCCUUUUUACAACCAGGAGCUACCGCAGGACUUCAUGCAGCCACCCAGAUUGCAGCAACAAAUGCAAGGGCCCACAUUUCUACAGCCGCAAGGCACACAACAAGGGUACAUUGGAGGAACACCAAGACCAUUAAUGGGAAAUGGUCCAUUUCCUCAAGAAAUGGGACCAAGUUUUGCUCCUCAGAACCUAGCAGUCCAUGGGUCUAACUUGAUCCAGGCACAAACUAGACCUCAAAGAUAUUCUGUGCCACAUAUGAUGCCUCAAAAUCCACCUCAAGGGCACCCAUUUCCAAUGGAAGGGCCUACACCCUUACCUCCAAACUUUCCAGGUCCUGGUCCAUCCCUUAUUCAGUUGUACUCUAACAUCAUCCCAGAGGAGAAAGGCAAGAAAAAAAGAAACCAGAAGAAGAAGAAAGAUGAAGACUGUGAGUCGCUGCGAGCUCCAUCUACACCUCAUACACCUCACUCAGACAUGACCGCUCCAUUAACACCCUGCGUGUCAGACACAUCAUCCACACCGACAAGGAACCCAAUGGUCUUUGGUGACCAUGAGUUCUGUGAGACAUCCCAACCUGGAUCAUCAACACCAGGCUCCAUGAGCAGCCAACCACACUCUGAAUUAGAGCGGCAGCUCUCUGAAGGCAGCUGUGGUGGGGGACCAGAAUCAGCCAUGGGGCAUGAAGAAAUGCAUGACAGGAUCCUAUCCAACAUCAAAUUGGAGAAGGUGGAGGCAACUGAUUGCCAUGGACAUAAGGCUAUAGAUAUGGAAAUAAGAAUAGGAAUGGUCAAGGUGGAAAGAGAAAUAAUGUUGCAUCAUCCUGCAAGCCAAAGUCCAGCCAAUAGCUCAAAAGAAGAAGGUGGCAAUGAACUCCUCAAGCACCUCCUAAAGAAUAAGAGGACUCCACCUCAUGCACUACCUCACCAGAGGUCUGAAGACAGUCUGAGAUCAGAGGAAGAAGGAUCCACAGAAAGCAAAGCAUUUUUUCGGCAGAACUCCAUGGACAGCACUGGGACUUUCUCUGAUUCAAACCACCAUGAUUUCCCAGGACCAUUGAUUCCAGAGGACAAGAAGAAACAGAGAAACAAAAGGACGCCCAAGAGUGGAGAGAGACCUGCACCCCGCUGUAAAAAGAGAAAGAAAGAAGAGGAUGAGAGUCAGGCGGUGUAUUCCUCUAUUGAUCCAGUAAUAACUCCAUUAAAACAGCAGCAUCUUUCUCUCUUGCCCCUAAUGGAGCCACUGGUGGGGGUGAACUUUGCCCAUUUAAUGCCCUAUGGGGGCGGAGAGCUGGAUGGAGAGAAUCGUCUCUCGGGUACUUUUGGGAGUGCCUCAUUGGAUGGUGUCUCAGACUAUUAUUCCCAGCUGAUUUACAAGCAGAAUAACUUAAGCAACCCACCCACCCCCCCUGCUUCCCUGCCCCCAACCCCUCCUCCAGUGGCACGACAGAAGUUGCUUAAUGGCUUUGCCACAACAGAGGAGCUUGCCAGAAAAGGUGGCAUUAUUGCUGGACAUGAUGUCACCAAAGGGCUGCUCUCUCGACCACUGGAGUUUAAGGCUGAGGAGGAGCUGCUUGCUCAAGCUUUGGCUCAGGGGCCUAAAACAGUGAAUGUACCGGCUUCUCUUCCCACCCCACCUCAUAACAACCAGGAAGAGCUCAGGGGACAGGAGCACUGUGAAGACAGAAACACCCCAGACAGCUUUGUUCCGUCUUCUUCCCCAGAGAGUGUGGUUGGCAUGGAGAUCAGUCGUUAUCCUGAUCUCUCAUUGGUCAAGGAGGAACCUCCUUCACCAGCCAUGUCUCCAGUAAUUCCAAUGUUUCCUGUCUUUAGGGACAAAGGCUCAGAUGUCAAAUUACGAGAGGUCAAGACAGAGCCUUCAUCAGUGUUUUUCGACUCUUCAUUCAGAUCAGUUCAGAAUGGUUCUAACUCUGGACUGGUGUCCAUCGCCAUCAUGCUAAAGCCAGCUGCUGCUGAGAACAUCACUGAUGUUGUUGCAGCCAUUGCAGACCUGAUCCGUGUGAAGAUCCCCAGCAGCUAUGAAGUCAGCAGUGGUCCAGGAGGCUCUUUUGGAGCCAUCAAAACCUCUCUAGAUCCACAGUGUUUAGCUUCUGCAUUGCCAAAUGGACCACGAGCACUAAGACAAGCACCUCAGCACCUGCUUUUACAGCACAACCAUAACAAAAGAGUUGGUGGAGAGCAGUAUAGGGAUGGACAAGUAAGGCCAGGAUCAAAGCAACAAUGGUGUCAACAUUGUAAAGUGGUUGUCCUGGGCAAAGGCGUGAGGAAAAUUACCAAAGAUGAAGAGGGCAAACCACAAGAGUCUCGGUUAUGUUCUGAUGGCGGUUUGGUGUUCUGCAGCCACAGCUGUCUCAUUCUGCAUUCAUCAUCAUCUCAGGCCAACGGGAAUGUUGACAACAAGGCAUCUGUUUCUUUACUUUCUGAAAGUGCUUUGAAACAGAGCUUUUCUAAAGUCCAGCACCAGUACAGCAACAACAUGUCCUCACUGGAUGUCCAUUGUCUGGCCCAACUCCAGCCAAAGCCAUCUUCUCCUACUCCGUACCUCCACAUGGCUUUUGCACCAGCCAAAGCAAUCAAGACAGAAUCCAAACCUAAAAGCCUAUCAGAGGGCCAUCUUAAAGUCACAGUCAAGCUAAAACCACGUUUGCACAGUCACUUGGAAGACAAACAAUGGCAUCAUGGCAAGCGCUGGAAAGGCCUGCGAUGGCGAAAGUGGACUAUAGACAUUGCAAUGCCAAAAGUAGCCACUCAAUCUUCAGAGUCAGAAUUGGAGGAGCGCUUGAAACAGCUCACCGCAUCUUUGCGGCCAUGCUUAACCACUCGCGAUCAACGCCGCUGUUGUUUCUGCCAGCAGAUUGGGGAUGGGAUGACGGAUGGCCCUGCCAGGCUACUCAACCUGGACUUGGACACAUGGGUGCACCUCAACUGUGCCCUUUGGUCCUCGGAGGUCUAUGAGACCCAAGCAGGCGCUUUGAUCAAUGUUGGUUUGGCCCGUCAGCGUGGACAAACCGUGUUUUGUGCAUUUUGUCAACGCUUAGGUGCCACCAGUGGCUGCCAUCGCCUGCGUUGCCUUAACAUCUACCAUUUCACUUGCGCCCUGCAGGCUGGCUGUACGUUUUUUAAGGAUAAGACAAUGCUCUGCCACCAGCACCGUCCACGUGGAGCUGGUGCUGCUGCUGGUUUACAUGUAGAACAUCAGCUGCGCUGUUUCUCAGUGUUCCGCCGCGUUUAUGUACAGCGUGAUGAACUGCGUCAGUUGGCGGCGGCCGUGCAGCAGCCGGAGCGUGGCCAUACUUUCCGUGUGGGCAGUUUGCUUUUCCAUGCAAUGGGUCAGCUGCCUCCUGCUCUGAUGCCCACAUUUCACUCAUCUACAGCCAUCUUUCCACCUGGCUAUGAAGCGAGUCGCCUUUAUUGGAGCAUGCGACAUGGUCAGAAGCGUUGCCGAUAUGUCUGCUCUAUAGAAGAGCAUGAAGGGCGUGCCGAAUUCAGCAUUCGUGUCAUUGAGCAGGGAUAUGAGGAUCUGGUGCUGACUGAUACCUCUGCUAAAGGAGUUUGGGAGAAGGUUCUUGGGCCUGUGGCUGAGAGGAGGGCAGAGACGGGCAUGCUGAGACUCUUCCCUAUCUAUCUGAAGGGAGAGGACCUGUUUGGACUCACCAUCUCAGCUGUUACCCGCAUUGCUGAAUCGCUGCCAGGUGUGGAGGCAUGCUCAAGGUAUCGCUUCCGGUACGGACGUAAUCCCAUGUUGGUUCUGCCACUAUCGAUGAAUUCAUCUGGUAGCGCUCGUUCGGAAUUGCAGACGUACCCCCAACAUGAAAGGUUGAAAAUCCUCUCAUCAUGGCCCAGAAUAUCUCGCUGUAUCCAGAACUCAACCGUGGCAGCUAGUGCAUCAUCUCACAGUAAACACUUUGUGCACUCGAAGUCAUCUCAGUACCGCCGGCUCACCAGUGACUGGAAGUCAAAUGUAUAUCUGGCACACUCCCGCAUCCAGGGUCUUGGGCUGUUUGCAGCACGUGCCAUUGAGAAGCAGACCAUGGUGAUUGAAUACAUGGGGGAUAUUCUACGCACCGAGGUGGCCAUGAGGAGAGAGCUGCUGUACAAGGCUAAGAACCGGCCUGCAUACAUGUUCUGCAUUGACAGCGAGCGAGUUAUUGAUGCAACCAACUCUGGAAGCCCUGCAAGGUACAUCAAUCAUUCAUGCUUACCAAAUUGUGUGGCUGAGGUUGUGACGUUUGAGCGGGGCUACAAGAUCAUCAUCAGUGCUGCCUGCAGGAUUGAGAGAGGAGAAGAGCUCUGCUACGAUUACAAGCUCACUCCAGUUAACGAUCAGAGCAAGAUCCCAUGUCACUGUGGAGCCGCCAAAUGCCGCAAGUGGAUCAACUGAAAAUCUCCAACUCUGAGCUGGCAGUUCACCAGAAGAGACAACAGGAAACAUUUCUAAAUGUGCAAAACUAAGAGGAAAACACAACGCGAGAGUACAGCAUUGUGUGAGAGCCAUUCGUAUCAUUUUUUUAACUUGAAAGGAAAAGGUUCCGUUUUUUGCAUGUGCCAUGAGUCUGUGUGUGUGUGUGUGUGUGUGUGUGUGUGUGUGUGGGGG